AUGGCAUUAUUUAAACUAUUUGGUACAAAUUUAAAAAUAACUACCAAAAUUAUUCAAAUGACAACAAGAUAUAAAACCAAAAAUUAUAAUGCUGUUUAUACUAAAUUUUAUGAAAUAAAUCCCUUAAAAUUAGUAUUUCCGUUUCAACAAUUUCAUAGGAAAUAUUGUUUUCAUUAUUUUAGAGGAGAUGAAACUGAUAGUGAUUCUGAGGAUAUUGAACAAAAACGAGACAUUAAAAACAUUAUAUUACAAGAUGAUAAUGAUAUACUAGCAAUAAAAAUAAAUGAAUGUAAAUCUUUACAAAAUAUUUUUGAUCUAUUGCAAAACAACAAUGAUCAAUUGAAUUGGAAAAAUAUCUCUAUGGCUAUAGCAAUGGUUAGAGAACUUCAAAUAAUAUAUUAUAGAGUGUGCAUGUUUGAAAAAAAUUUUAAUUCUUUUAUCACUCCUGAGGAUAGUUUUGAAAACAUUUUAACAAAUAAUGAUUUUUUGAACUUGAUGAAUUUAAUGGAAGAACAUUAUGAGUUCAUGAACAUCCAAUGCUUAUCUUACAGCUUAUUGUGUUUACAUAAAAUAGGAGUUGAUAUUAAUAGUACAGUAAGUACUAAACUGUCACAUAGACUACAAAAAAUAUUAUUGAGUACUCCUGUAGAAGAAAUAGAAUCUUGCAUACUAUCCAGAUUUACAGUAACAAUUGUAAGUCAUAGAGAUCUUGUGGGUCUGUAUAUUCUAAAAGACAUUUGGCCAAUAAUUUUAAAAAAAAUAAAUUUAUGUAACACUUAUGAAGAUAUUAAACAUAUUUCUAUGUGUUUAUUCAAUUUGCCAUGGUUUUUAAACAAAUCUAUCAUGGAUGAUUUUGUUACAUUAAUUGAACGCAAUUUGUUGAACAAACCUCAACACAAUGAUAAAAUUAAAUGUAUAGUGAAAGUGCUAAGGCUUAUAAAUAGUCCUUACUGGAUUAAUCAAAACAUUAAUCUUUCUAGAUCUUUGUUGCUAAAUUUACAAGGGGCUAUUAGACAUGUAACACUUUAUGAUAUGAUACAGCUACAAAUGAUUAUCAUAAAACAAUCAGAACCAUAUCAGUUAUUUGAGGAAAUACACAACGAAACAUCUAAAUGGCUAUCUAAAACAGAUGUUGAUACUGAUAUUACUGUACUUCGAUUGUUAUCUUGUAUAGUACCAUCUUCAUCUGCAUCACAACGAAAACAUAUAGAAUCCUUAAUAAGAAAACAAUUUUUGUCACACAAUAGUUUUUCUCAAUUAUGUAUUGGACCCCUGUUUAAUAUUAUUAGAAAUCUAAAAACAUCUGAUAUACAAAUUUGUAAUGCAUAUUGGUCAAGUGUAUUGGAUUGGCUCAUAUCUGGGAAAUCUUCAAUUCGUGAACAUCAUAAGCUAUUACGAAUAUGUAACAGAUACAUGAACUUUAAUAACAAUAUGUCUGGAACAUACAGAUAUUAUAAAUUUGAAAAUCAAAUGAUCAAUUGGUUAAAUGAAGAAUUAGAUCAAGGGAUAUCAUCGAUAAUUCCAUCCAAAUUUAGUAAAAUAUUUUCAUUUUUUAUAAGUUAUCCUAGUAAAAAUAUUGGGUAUGAAGUGCCUGAAGUAAUGGUUAAAAAAGUAUUAGAUACUGUUGGUCAAUAUAAUAUUUAUGAUUGCUACAUUAUUAGUAGAGGUCUGAAUACAGCAUUUAUAAACCGAAAGAAUAAAACAUCAUUACCAAUAUUCUUAGAUCAAUAUGUGAGGCUAUGCACUGCACUUAAUAAAAGAUGUUUAGAAAUACUAAAUCAAGAACCCAAUUUAAAUAUAAAUCAACUAAAUUCUUUGUAUCGUGGAUAUAAUCAUCGACAUAAUGUUAGAGAACCAAGACUUUUUUAUAAAAUACUUGAAAGGUAUAAAAACUAUACAUCUGAAGAUUUUUCAUCUAAGAGUAUAAAAGAACUUACUUACAAUUUAGUUUCAUCAGAUUGGUAUGAUGCUGAGCUCUUAGACAAAUGCUUGAAGUAUUUCAUAAAAAAUCACAAAUAUUUAUUAGCUGAAAAUGUAGAAAAAAUAUUAACAUUAUUUUUUUUAUAUGGAGUUAAUAGUGAAAAAUUUAUAGAAUUUCUACCUUUUGCGACUGAAAUCAUUAAUAGGGAUAAAUAUAAAAUGUCUGGUUUAAAUUUCAUGAGAGCUUCACUUGCUUUAUGUUAUUUUUAUAGUCUAUCUACAUCCAUAAAAGAUUAUUUAUUUAGUGUUGAAUUUUUAGAAAAAUUAGAUGAUGAAUUAAAUAACUGUUACGCCAAGGCUACAUAUCCAUUAAAAGUAAGACAAUUAUUAAUGAUAUUAAAUAGAGCUGUUUGUAUUGAUUAUCCAGAAUUUGAUGUACCAUGGUUUCAUACUAAGUAUUGUGAAGAAAUCCAAUCAUUGGUUCCUAAACAUACUGGUUCUUUUUAUUUGGACGUAGAAAAAAAAAUAAACCAAUUAAUUAAAAAUAAAGGUUAUUUAAAAUCAAAUUCUUUCUCUCCAUAUGGAUAUAAAUUAGAUUUUGAAUUAAUUCUAAAUGAUUCAAUACAGUUAAAAAAUGCAAAUAAAAACGAGAAGUUGGUUUUACUUCUUCUGAAUGAAAAAGAUUUGAGGAAGACUGAUAAUGAAAUGAGAGGCCUUUCUAAAUUGAAGCAAAGACAUUUGGAAAUACUUGGUUACAGAGUAAUAUGGAUUAAAAAAUCUAUAUGGAAUUCCAUGUUUAUGACUGAGCCAGAAGCUAAAUUAUCUUAUUUAAAGAGUUUAAUUUGGAAAAAACCUUGACAAUUUAAUGUCAAAGAUUUUCUUAUUUAUUUGAGUAUUUGUCCAUUGUGAGUACUAAAUAAAAUAUAUUCCUAUCCAAA